AUGUUCCCCAAAGGAAAAGGCACCCCGGUGCCGUCGGACGGCCAAGCGAGAGAAAAGAGCACAGAAGUCUGCACAGACCUUUUAUCAGAGAUCCGAUGGGAGAAAAACAUAACACUUGGAGAGCCCCCUGGAUUCCUACAUUCCUGGUGGUGUGUAUUCUGGGACUUGUAUUGUGCUGCGCCGGAGAGGAGAGAGACAUGUGACCACUCCAGCGAAGCCAAAGCUUUCCAUGAUUAUAGUGCAGCAGCAGCUCCCAGCCCUGUGAUGGGAGGGAUGCCCCCCGGUGAGGGCAUGCCAGGAGGACCAAUGCCACCUGGCCUUUUCCAGGGUCUUCCUGGUCCCCAGGGCUCUCCUCACCCUCAGCCUCCUCCUCCUAACAGUAUGAUGGGACCUCACAGUCAGUCUUUUAUGUCACCUCGGUUUGCUGGAGGCCCGAGAGGUCCCCCCAUCCGGAUGAGCAACCAGCCACCUGGUGGGGGCCCAGGUCCGCAUCCUAUGCUGCCCAAUAUGGAUCCCACCCGACCACAAGGCCAUCCAAAUUUGGGGCCAAUGCAGAGAAUGACUGGCCCUCGAGGCAUGGGACCCAUGGGGCCUGGCCCUCAGAACUUUGGCGGUGGGAUGAGGCCUCCACACAACACUAUGGGCCCCGCUAUGCCAGGAGUGAACAUGGGCCCAGGGACAGGUCGGCCAUGGCCCAAUCCCAACAAUGCCAACUCUAUGCCUUACUCAUCACCCUCUCCUGGCGCAUACGGGGGGGCAUCUGGAGGUGGAGGCCCUCCAGGGACUCCCAUCAUGCCCAGCCCUGCAGAUUCAAACAACUCUGGAGACAAUUUGUACACAAUGAUAAACACUGGACCUGGAAACCGAAAUAACUUCCCCAUGGGUCCUGGCUCUGAUGGGCCCCUGGGAGCCAUGGCUGGGAUGGAACCACACCACAUGAAUGGAUCACUAGGCUCUGGUGAUAUGGAUGGAAUGAACAAGAAUUCCCCAAACAAUUUAAGUGGCAUUAGCAAUCCUCCUGGGACCCCGAGGGAUGACGGGGAGCUAAGCGGAAACUUCCUCCACUCUUUUCAGAGCGAGAACUACUCUCCAACCAUGACGAUGAGCGUGUGA